CCCCCGGCGGCGCGCCCCGAGUUGCCGGAGGGGGGGCUGCUGGCGGCGGGGCCGCCCAAUCCGCGCGGGGCCGCCCCCGUGAUUGGCAGCGCGGGGCGGGGGGGAGCCGGGCUCGCUCGCGCUGCUUUCCCCAGAGAGUUUCCGAGCGGGGGCGGCCGGGGCGCCUUUGCCCUCGGCGCUGCCGGCGUUUUGCCUGCUCGGGGCCGCCGAGCGCUCCGCCGAGAGAGGCGGCGCGAAGAACGAGGGAAGCGGCCACGCGAAUCAGUUUCUCUCCGUAUCCGGCUCCGGGCAGAGGCGGCGACCGUAGCAGGGAGGAGGGGAGAGGGGGAAAAGCGUCUCCGGGGCGGCGGCGGCGGGGGAACCCCCCGUCACUUCGCAGCCGAGGUGCUGAAGGGCUGACGGACCGAGCGCUGGUGCUCGCAGAGACGACAGCGAGGCGUCCGCCCCCCACCAACCUCCUGGAGAGACGCGAUCUCGGUGCCAAAUGAACGGCGGAGAGAGACUUUUGCUGAUUCCCCCCCGCUCGUAAAUACCCAGAAAGCGGAAGGAGCGGCACCGCCGAGCAGCGGCUGCGGCAGAGGGGAGGGGGACCGCGGCGCUGCGCUGCUGCAGCCCGGCGGCUGAUGGCGGAGUUCGGCGGCGGCGGCGGCGGCGGGGGGCUGCCCGGCUCCCCGGGGCCGCUGCAGGGCAAGGUGGCCUUCAGGGCUGGCGACGGGGACGGCGGAGGCGGCGGUGGGAGAGUCCGCUUUGACAGCGCCGGCGGCCGCGUCUCCAACGGGGACUGCGCGCUGGCGGGGGCCGGUGAGGAGCCGGGAUCCGCGCCCCCCGGAAGCCCCGAGAACAGCGGCAAGGAGAAAGGGUUUCCCUGCGGGCAGCAGCGGGAGGGCAAGCCCGGCAUCCCCCGGAGGAGCAGCAUCAUUAAGGAUGGUACGAAACAAAAACGAGAACGGAAGAAGACUGUGUCUUUCAGCAGUAUGCCGACUGAGAAAAAGAUCAGCAGUGCAAGUGACUGUAUAAAUGCAAUGGUUGAAGGCUCUGAGCUCAAAAAGAUUCGAUCCAAUUCCAGAGUGUAUCACCGAUAUUUUCUUUUAGAUGCAGAUAUGCAAUCCCUACGCUGGGAACCUUCAAAAAAGGAUUCUGAAAAAGCAAAGAUUGACAUCAAGUCAAUCAAAGAAGUAAGAACAGGAAAAAAUACAGAUAUUUUUCGCAGCAAUGGAAUAUAUGACCAGAUAUCAGAAGACUGCGCUUUCUCAAUCAUAUAUGGAGAAAACUAUGAGUCACUAGAUCUUGUUGCUAACUCAGCAGAUAUUGCAAAUGUUUGGGUUACUGGCUUAAGAUACCUGAUUUCUUACGGAAAACAUACUCUAGACAUGAUAGAAAGUACUCAAGAUAAUAUGCGGACUUCAUGGCUUUCACAAAUGUUCAGUGAAUCGGAUGUAGAUAAUGUAGGACAUAUACCCCUGUGUAAUGCUGUGCAGUUUAUAAAAGACUUAAAUCCUGGUUUAAAAACAAAUAAAAUUGAAUUAAAAUUCAAGGAGUUACAUAGAUCCAAGGAAAAAACUGGUACUGAAGUAACAAAAGAAGAGUUUAUUGAAGUUUUUCAUGAGCUUUGUACUCGACCUGAAAUCUAUUUCCUGUUGGUUCAGUUUUCAAGCAAUAAAGAAUUCCUAGAUACCAAGGACCUUAUGAUGUUUUUAGAAGCAGAACAGGGUAUGGCACAUGUCACAGAAGAAAUAAGCCUUGAAAUUAUUCAGAAAUAUGAGCCAGCCAAAGAGGGCCAGGAAAAGGGUUGGCUUUCUAUAGAUGGGUUUACGAAUUACCUUACUUCACCAGACUGCCACAUAUUUGACCCAGAACAUAAAAAAGUUUGUCAAGAUAUGAAACAGCCAUUAUCUCAUUAUUUUAUAAAUUCAUCUCAUAAUACAUACUUGAUAGAGGAUCAGUUUCGAGGGCCUUCUGACAUCACGGGUUAUAUUCGUGCUCUUAAAAUGGGUUGUCGCAGUGUUGAACUGGAUGUUUGGGACGGUCCAGAUAAUGAGCCUGUGAUUUACACGGGACAUACAAUGACUUCUCAGAUUGUCUUCCGUAGUGUGAUUGAUAUUAUUAACAAGUAUGCAUUUUUUGCUUCAGAGUAUCCUCUUAUUUUAUGUUUAGAAAAUCACUGUUCUAUAAAGCAGCAGAAAGUGAUGGUACAACACAUGAAGAAAAUUUUGGGAGACAAACUACAUACGCAGUCUCCAAACAUUGAAGACUCUUAUCUUCCAUCACCGGAAUCACUUAAAGGAAAAAUACUAAUUAAAGCAAAAAAGCUUUCCUCAAAUUGUUCUGGACUAGAAGGAGAUGUUACGGAUGAAGAUGAAGGGGCAGAAAUGUCACAAAGAGUGGGGAAAGAGGGUGUAGAACAACAAAACUCUUUGACUGGGAAACGAUUUCAGCUUUGCAAAGAGCUCUCUGAGUUGGUAAGCAUAUGUAAAUCAGUUCAGUUCAAAGAGUUUCAAGUUUCAUUUCAGCUCCAGAAGUACUGGGAAGUGUGCUCAUUUAAUGAAGUGCUUGCUAGCAAAUAUGCCAAUGAAAACCCGGGAGACUUUGUAAAUUAUAACAAACGUUUUCUUGCCAGAGUUUUUCCCAGUCCUAUGAGGAUCGACUCUAGUAAUAUGAAUCCCCAGGAUUUUUGGAAAUGUGGUUGUCAGAUAGUAGCCAUGAACUUUCAGACGCCUGGAUUAAUGAUGGAUCUUAACAUUGGUUGGUUUCGACAAAAUGGGAACUGUGGCUACGUCCUUCGUCCUGCUAUCAUGAGAGAAGAAGUAUCUUUCUUUAGUGCAAACACAAAAGACACUGUGCCUGGAGUUUCACCUCAGCUGCUUCAUAUUAAAAUCAUUAGUGGGCAAAACUUUCCUAAACCCAAAGGAUCAGGUGCCAAAGGUGAUGUUGUGGAUCCAUAUGUCUAUGUUGAAAUACAUGGAAUCCCUGCUGACUGUGCCGAGCAAAGGACAAAGACUAUGCACCAGAAUGGUGAUAAUCCAAUUUUUGAUGAAAGUUUUGAAUUUCAAAUAAAUUUACCAGAACUAGCAAUGGUGCGUUUUGUAGUGCUGGAUGAUGAUUACAUUGGGGAUGAGUUUAUCGGGCAGUACACUAUUCCCUUUGAGUGUCUACAGACUGGUUAUCGUCAUGUUCCUCUGCAGUCUUUAACUGGUGAAAUGUUAGCACAUGCUUCCUUGUUCGUGCAUGUGGCCAUUACUAAUCGAAGGGGUGGUGGGAAACCUCAUAAGCGGGGCCUCUCUGUGAGGAAGGGCAAGAAAUCACGGGAGUAUGCUUCUGUGAGAACACUGUGGAUUAAAACAAUAGAUGAAGUGUUCAAGAAUGCUCUCCAGCCUAUACGAGAUGCCACGGAUUUGAGAGAAAAUAUGCAGAAUGCAGUAGUCUCAUUCAAAGAAUUAUGUGGCCUCUCUCCUGUAGCAAAUCUUAUGCAGUGCAUUUUGGCAGUGUCUACGCGCUUGGUUGGGCCUGAUAGUGCACCCUUGGUAGUACUGAAUCUCAAUGAUCAGUAUCCGACUAUGGAGCUCCAAGGGAUAGUUCCAGAGGUCUUGAAAAAGAUUGUAACAGCAUAUGACAUGAUGAUUCAGACCAUCCGGACUCUAGUUGAAAAUGCAGAUAGCUUAUAUGAGAGGAUAGUGCAAUGUCAGAAAGCAGCAAUGGAGUUUCAUGAAAACCUGCACAAUAUAGGAGCAAGAGAAGGCUUAAAAGAAAGAAAACUGCAAAAAUCAGUAGAAAGCUUUACGUGGAAUAUUACAAUUUUAAAGGGACAAGCUGAUCUUCUCAAAUAUGCUAAAAAUGAAGCACUGGAGAAUCUGAAACAAAUCCAUUAUGCCACUCUUUCAUGUGGACUCAAUAAGCCAGGCACUGAAAAUGCUGAAAUCUCAAAGCCCCGUCGAAGCCUGGAGGUCAUACCUGAAAAAGCAGGUGAUGAAAAUGGAGAAUGAGAGAACUCUCAUCUCAUAAUUAUGGAGUUUAUAACUCUGUGACCAAUUGUAGCUGCAUAGGACAUUUGCUUUGCACUUACUGUUGAAAAAUAUUUGGAGUCUUCAAAGCACAACUGGAGAAGCUAAUUACAAUCUAUUGAAACUGUGAAUGUAUGUAGCAACUCUGCUUGUGAAGGCAAUGAUAUUGUGUAACAUGGAAAUUACAUUAUUGGCCAAAAUGUAGUAUGUAUGUAAAAGAUACUGUAAUUCAGUCAUAGCGUGCUGAGAAGUUUAUCAUAGUGCCAUAGGGAAGUGAAUGUUUUUUAAAUGAGCUAUGAUUAGAAAACAGUUCACAGAAUGUGACGAGUUGCCUUGAUUUUCAAGAAGAUAGAUGUGUGGGUUCUCUGUUUCUUUGCACAGUUCCAUAAUUGUGCUAGCAAGGUGAAUUAUUGUGCGCCUAACUUUUGAAAAUGAGGUCUGAAAAAGCGGGAUCCACAUGUUUCACACUAUACGUAAUUCAGCCGCUCAGAUAUUUGGAUUUGAAGUGUUAUUGAUUUUAUUGUUGAGCCAUAAAUUAAAACGAGAAUGUAAUUAGACAGUGAUCACUGACUUCAGUGCACUAUAGGAGAGCCAUUAUGUAAAAGGAAAAUGUGCAAUCAAUCUGAUAGCUUAUGUCAGAAAAAAGAUUCAUACCUAUUUUGCCUAAGAUCUUCUGCAAAUGUGUGUAGAUAAUGUGACCAAACUGCAAGCAAAACGUUGUAAAUAGUUUUUCAUUUUGUGAAGUGAAGUGCUCAUCUUAAAAAGUUUUAUGAGAUUGCUCCUAGACAAGUAAAGCUUUUAACUAAAUUUUAACUUUUUUAUUUUUCAAGUAUUUUCUUCCUUGCGGAAUACGCGAUAUCUCAAUAAGCAGAUUUGUCAAAAGAAAAAAAAAAUUGCUGUUCUGGUUCUGUUUGUUUGGUUUUAUGACGACAUUAGGUAAAGGUAUUGUAGCUGAUAUGCUCAUUGUAAAAUGACUAUAACAACCUAGAGUGUUCUCUUACUGUUCCUGAUUUAACAAUAAAAUGGACUAUAUAAUUACAGAAGCUAAUAAAUUUGAAGAAAAACAAGCAAAGUCCUACAGAGAUCAAAAUGCAGUUUCUGUUCAGUUGUGGGAAAAAGUGGAAGAGGGCAGUGUCUGUUGAAAAUCACUGUUUUAAUUAGAGCUUUUCAAGACAUGCAUUCUACACAGAUUUAUCCAUUUGUUUAACCAAUUUGAGAUCCUAUUUUUGCAUUUAGGUUAUAAUGUAAAUCUGUGUAUGGAUAACAUCUUGUAAAAGUCAGUAGGGCUCUGACAAAGAACGUCAGUAUAUCUGCACUCAAUCUGAAUUGUUAGGGACUUAGAUUUAUUUUCUAGUCGUUAUAAAGUUAAAGGAAAAGAAAGAUGAAAACAAUUUGCACAGUAAAUGUCACGUCUUAGCUUGCAUUUUUAAAUGUCAAACUGAAUGGUCUGGGAGCAGUUUUAGAAGGUGCUGAGCUCUUUUAGUGUCCAGUGACAGAUCAUAUGCCUCAAUAUGAUGAUCCUGCCAGGAAUGAGUUCUGUUCCUAGAAAAUGAAGCUUUUAACCCAUGGUGAGCACCUGCAAGCACUGCUUUGUGAGCAGUCCUUCUCUAUGUCAUCAGCUGCAAGCAUUCCGUAGGCACGUCCGCUUGGUGGGAAGCAACAUAACAUUGGCUGUUACUGACUGUACUCCGAGCCAGCAUAAAAUCAGUCUUCCAGGGUCAAAUCUGUUCCCAACUUAUCUAUACAACAAUAACUACGUUACAUCAAGAUUUAGCUGGGCUGUAAAUUGACAAGGUCAGUUUCACUUUAUCAGAAAAUACAAUACCCAAGCUGCUGGAAUUUUACCACCAACUUUACUCCAUUUGAAAGGUGUAGACUUUGAAAAAACAUCAGUACAGUUAGUAUUAUACGUCAGAUAGGCCUAAAGGCCACUGAUGCUCCAUUAGCAGUCCUGGCCCAUCACUUUUUUAGUGGCAAUCACAGAGCUAUCUUACUGAUAUCUCAAACCAAACGUUUCUGUACAACUUCUUUCUUCUUCUGGAUUAAUGACUCAGGUAUUCUUACUGUUGAUAAAUCGCUGCUUAGCACAUCACAUCUUUGAGAGAUGUCUGGUAACACUGAAAAGAUUAAACACACGUAAGGUUGUUUGGUGUUUUUCUUCACUUUAAGGAAAAAAGAAAAAAAAAAGUGAAAGAUGAAUGCCACAUAGUUAAGGCUGACAGGUUUUGUGUGUUGAACUCUGUUAUAUACGUAACUCCUCUGAUCCUUCUGUAUCUCACUGAAAAUGAAGACAAUUCUGUUUUGUGAGUAAUAUCCAUAUAUACCAUCUGCUUAAACAAAACAAAACAACAAAAGCAACCUAACAGCUAAAAUAGAUGCAGUUAUCCAAGUGACCAUUUAAAUUCUUUUGGAUUCCAGUGUAACACUGAGACCUUAAAAUGUAAGUUGCUUUUGUGCAUUAUUCAUAUUCAGUCCAAAUCUGUAUGUAACAUAAGGCCUUUAAAUGAACUCAGUUAGACAGAUGCUUAGAAAGUUGAAGGGUAGCUAAAAAUCCUUCAGGCAGUUUGCAUGUUACAUGCUAAGAGAAUGCAACAUAAACACCUGCAAGCAAAGUAUGAGGUUCCACUGUUAACCCAGUAAUGAUGAUUUCAAAACCAAAUUUAUUAGCAUAUGUCUUGCUCCAAUUUGUAGGAGGAAGAUGAGGUUCUUUUAAUAUCUGUAUACCCGGUGUAAGAUAAAGAAACAACAGUUCAAAUGUUGAUCCAACCAGUUUACUAUAAAUCCUAAUCAGGGAGACAGGGAAGGGAAGGAGGGGAAAGAAAGGAAAGAAGCAAGAACCACGUAAAGCGGGGAUAGUCACCACCAGGACUCAACGGCUGUCCCGCUGCAUCACGUUUCAAUGGUCUGAGGCAAAAGCAGCAGAGGGGGCAGAGCAGCAGCAUGGCUGGCCGUGGGCAGCAAGCAGGUAGCAGGAAGAAGUCACAGAGCCAAUCCAGGAGGAAGCAGCAGGAUCAGGUAGCAGGCCCAGGAGAGUCUGUCAGCAUGCGGGAAUUCCGUAGUGAGGAAUCUGAUGGCAGACAGCUCUGUUCUUCUCUGCUUAUCUCUCUCACUGCCCCUGGCCUUGUCCAUCUGUGUCCCUCAGACAAAGGAGUUCACAACCCUUGCCCAGGACUUGCUUGGACAUGUUCAUCUGUUUCCCCAGCAAGCUUUGGGACAAUGAUGUAAAAGAGUAAUCUCUUACAGCGUAUUUUCCUCAGUUGUACUUUCUUAAAGCAUUCUUUGCAUCCACGAUGCAAUUAUUUUUAUUAUUAGUCCUUUCUGACGGUGUUUGUUUUAGUUUAUGCAGAAGUACAAACACACAAAGUAUGGUGAAGUGCUCUUAGCAAAUCAAGCCAGAAGUUAACAUUAUGCUUUUCUUUGCCUUUAUUUUCUUAAAUAUGCUGUAAAGUAGUUGAACUGUUUAUAUAGCUUUGAACUCUGGAAGAUGAAGACAAAACCCAAAUGGCUGUUUAUCUGACUGCAUUUUUGGCUUUUGUUUGGCUUCAGUAAGUGAGUAAGGAUGUGAAAAGAGAAAUAAGUCAACAUAUUGCUUAAUUUAAAAGAAAGUACUAAUUGGGAAAGAAAACAUUCACAUAGGGAUUAUUUGCCAUGUACACAGUAACAGCAAGUUCGUUCUUGAAUACAAGUAAAAGGAUAAAACAAAACCAGCUUUUAAAAGGAGUGUCUCUGAAAAAAUCAGCCCCAUCUCAACUCCUGCCUCACACCCCACUCAGCAGUUGUGCUUGGUGAGGUCCAGUCUGUAGCAGCCACUGGAGAUGGAAGUGCGAAGCCCAGGAUCGUGCUCUCCGUCCUCUGAACUCACCAAGCACUUGCACAUGGCAACUCAGUCCUCCAAAAAUUCUUCCAGCAGCACUUCCUGAGGGAAGUUCAGGGCCUAUCGAUUUUAUCAAAGCAUUCAAAACAGCUCAGGGACAAGUUCUGGAGAAGCUAUGGCCCUUCUUCUCUCAGUGCUGGUCUUCCUACUCAAGCCAACAGGGUCAGGACUUAAGCACAGUAUUACAGAAUGUCUUCUCCAUCUUGGACCAUUUGUUUCUUUAUAUUCUCAUGUUUUUGCAGCAAGGAGCUCGGGUGGGUGCCCCAUUUCAUGGGCUUGCUGGUGUAGGCAUAGUGGAAGAUGCUGUAUGAGUCAGGCUGGUUUUCAGCUGCUUCGUACAGCCCAGGAAUAUUUUUAUAAGACUCCCUGGCUGGUUACCAUGCUCACUUUUUCCUGUUUUGGAGUUGAAGCAGCAGAGAGAUGAAUCAGAACUGCCAGCAUGAAAAAUGGAAAUGAGCUCCAAAUUUUAAUUCUGUUCUCCUAAUCAAAUGAACUAAUCCUAAAGGACCUAAUCUUCCAGUCUUGCAAUUCUUACAUUUCCAUACGUAUGAUUUCCUGGAUUUCUACUGCAUGAAUGCAGUUUUGUCAGUAGUAUUUCUACUUGCUGUAUGCAUUGUUUGCUGCACAGAUCAAGGGAACUCCUGGCUUUCCUGUGCACAUGUAAUAAUCUUUCACAGAAUCAUAGAAUAUCCCAAGUUGGAAGAGACCCGUGAGGAUCACUGAGUCAAACUCCUUUCAGUAAGCCUGGAUCUACCUAGCUUUACACCUGUGUUGAGGUUCAAAAUGAAGGAUGCUACUUGCAAAGGAGAGAGUCACGCAGCCAUAGUUGCAGCAAAGCUUGCAUAUACAGUGGUGUGUAUUUCACACCCUGUAGCAGAAGUGGAGAACUGCUGCAGUGGGACACCUGGCCCGUGGCAUUUUAAUACUGGGGAAGUCGCUAGCUUGCUGCUUUCACCUGUAAUGGCUGUAGGACUUCACCACUUCUUUCUUCAAUUCACACCUCAUCACUGACUAAGCUUUCUAAAUGGAGUAUUUGCUAACUUGGUUCAAAAAUUAAUAAGCCUGCAUGUAUCCUAUACCAAUCUCAGUUGUUUGAACUCCUGUAAACAUUUGAAAAAAAACAACCCACAAUCUUAUAACCCUCAGAUUCUUUUUUCCUCUGUGGCAGUGGUGGGACAGAUCAGUCCAAUAAUUUUCCAAACUGACCCGUGAUUCCCUUUAUUCAUUACAACUUGCUUGUUCUCCAUAAGAAAAAGGCAGUAAAACCAUUCGAGGCUUGAUGGUUAUUUCUGUUUACGGACACUAUUAAACUUCAUUUUCUGACUUACCAUCUCUGAUCUCCAGUGGCUGGGGAAAGGCAGAGCUGCAAAAGCAGCACAGCAGAUUAGAAAUGGGGCUUGAGUGAAGAGCAACAAGAACCCUUGCACGUGCAGGGGAGCACCCACUAUAGAGUGUAACAAGCUGGAAAGCCGAAGGAGUGGGGAGGCAGUCAAAUAUUAAAAAAAAGUGGGUAAUUUUAGCCCAGGAAUAUGGGCAGCUAUGGGAUGGUGUGGUCUUGGUGUCAUCCCUUAGUAUCCCUGCGUACUGGAAGAUCCACUGGCACUGGAGGUGUUAGCAGUGCCUCAGGACAAAAUGGAUGUGAAGUGGCAG